AUGUGUGCUGCUGGAGCACAAAGUCAAGGAAGUCUGAGGGUAACUGUAUUACUAACAUCAUCCCUCAUGGUACUGGGAGCUGGCCUGAGAUGUGUUCCAGUUUCAGACCUAGAAAUUAGGAAGAAGCUCAUUCACGGAGGGCAGCUGUUGAAUGGCUUGGCGGGGCCAACUGUGAUGAACGCAGCGCCGUUUCUUUCCACGACAUGGUUUUCUCCGGAUGAACGUGCCACAGCAACCGCCAUCGCGUCGCUGCUCAAUUACCUGGGCGCCGCUGGCGCGUUUCUAGUGGGACCUCUUGUGGUGCCAUCUCCUAAUGGAACAUCUCACCUUCCGCUGGUAUCGCAGAGCAACGCUGAGCACAUCAAGGACCGCAUUGAGGCUGUGCUGUAUGCAGAAUUUGGAAUGGUUUCCCUGAUAUUUUCUGCUGCAUUGGCUUACUUCCCCUCGCGCCCUCCAUUCCCUCCCAGUGUGGCUGCAGCAAGUCAACGGCUCAGCUACAGGAGAAGUUUCUGCAGACUUUUAAGGCUGGCAGUUGGGAGGAGGUGUGAGUACAGCUGGCUGAAAUCCAAACAGAAACUGACUCUGAAGGUGAAAUACAAAAUUUCUGUUGACAGUACUCCAUUUGGGAGCUUUAUAACCAUUAGAUUCCAUGUUCAAAGUGUUGUAAACAGUGGACCUGAGAUACUG